GUAAUUUCUCAAAUACCUCAUUACUCUAAGUCUCAAUGGAAAUUCUCCUUUUCCAAGGAUUCCCUCGCCAAUCCCUAUAAGAAGCUUGAAGAAACGCGCCAAAGACAUCCUCGACACAUGCACCCUCCCCCCGAAAAGCACACGCAGAGUAUCGUCACCCCGAUAGGGAAGGAGAGCCGACCCCCGAGAAAAGCGAGAAAGAGAUCAGUCUAUACCACCCAUGCACCAUCACGAUCCCUAUCACUAUGCACCACGCACCUAAACCCAAACCACCAAUCCAUUCCCAUCACCUGCAGGCCCAACGCCGACCUGAUCGAUCCCAUACCACAUUCUACGCACCCCCUCCCUACCUACUAGAUAUACCUACCUCCCCGGGGGCAAAGAAAAGAAUCCCCCUUCCCCAUGCUGCACCACAUCGAAGUGGAAACGAAGCUGAAACGAAGACGGGAAGGGUACUGUACACCAGCACCAGUAGGCGCCUGAGGCAGGCAGGCAGGCAGGAAGUAACCAAGUGUAAGUUGACUCUGGGUAUAGGUGUUAUUGUUCCGUGAAGGCAAACGGAAGUUGGCCCGGGGCAGUCAGCUGCGGUAUCUUACCAGGCUUCUAGCUUCCCCUGGGUCCAGAGCGGGCUAGGGAGGGCUUCUCCU